AUGAACCAUUGGUCCAACGACUCAUAUUCCACACUGAACGGUCAUGCUACACUCAGCUCGAUACCAAACUCUCCAAUGUCCUUCCCUCAACCAGCCCAGACCAUCAAUCCGGCCCACUUCCAGAACCAAUCCUUCCUCAAUGGCGCUGCCCGAACCGCGUCGCCAGCCUUCCAUCAGCAGUCUAUGUAUCAGACAAAUCAGGUGAUCCCUUCGAAGAGAUCAAGAGAAGAUAGCUUAGGGACAUCUCCUCGACCAUCGCACAAUGGUCUGCCUGCGCCGGCUUCGCGUUCACACACUCCCGGAGGUCCCUUUCCCGGCUUCCAUCCUCAAUCAAAUGGCGCGCCGUCCUUCACGAGUGCGCCCACGGCAUUUCAACAUCUUCAGACUGCUAAUAACGCUACACCGUCCCCAACAAUGCAACAGAUAGGGUUCCCGCAAAAUGCCACCGCGCAGAGGAUGUCCACGGCAUCACCGAGUCCUUUCUCGCCUCAACACAACAUGUCAGGGGCUUCACCCGGCACUUCUGAUCGUGCAAGUAGGGUCGCAACGCCUCACGACGUGCCUCCAAAUUUCAUGCAGAAUCCAAGCUCACAUCCUGGUCUUAAUCCGCAACAAUUUGGCCAGAAUAUGAUGAGCCAGGUAGGCAUGAAUCAGAUGAACCUUGGUCAGAUUCCGCAGAUGCAGGCAUAUCAACAACAAUUGCAGAGACUGGCAGCACAAAAUGUUACAAAUGGCAUGUCACCGGCCCACACAAAUGGCUCUAUGAUGCAGCAGAACGGUACAUCGCAGUCAAGGAUGUCUAGCACGCCUCAAGACUUCUUCCGUGGCCUACAACAGUUCUCGGCGGCGAAAGGCAGACCCAUUGACCUGAGGCCUCAUAUCUGCGGAAGGCAGAUAGACGCUUUACGCGUGUAUCAAAUCAUCAUGAAAGGCGGUGGCUCGAGUCGAAUCACCAAGCUAGGACAAUGGCUACAGGUAGCGCAGUCGAUGCAAAUGUUUCCUCCACAACAGAUCCAGCCAGCGGCGGUGGAACUUCAACAAUACUGGCUCAGCAAUGUUGGUGCAUAUGAACAAAUGUGGAUACAACAGAGACAACGCCAAGCCCAGAUGCAGUCUCCGACGCGUGACGGACCGCCUCAGAAUACUAUGAACAACCAUCAGAGAGCGCCCUCAGAUCUGAUGCCAAGGCAGCUUAAUGGUCCUACUUCUCAUACCAAUGGUCUCGUGUCGAUAAAGGAUCCAAAUGACUCUACCUCUGCACACCAACGCCAGAGUCUGUCGCGGCAACCUGAACAGUUGCAGCUCGAUGAGGUACAGGACGACCUCCAUUUAGAGCCGACACCGAAACGUCCUUCGCCUGCGGCUACCAUAGAACCAGAACCAGAAUCGACAAUGCCUAUGCGAAAGCCAAUAGAGGAUCCAUUCGUGCCGGAAAUUCUGCAACCAAGUCGGCAUCACGGUCCUAUUGACCUAGAAGAAACUUUCAUGCUUGGUCAGGAACUAGUCCAGCUGAAGCCCACGGUACCAUCGUUACGUGAACUGGGCGUUAUAGACAUUCACGCCCUAAUUAUGGCCAUCAAGUCUGGGAUACAUGCCGAAACGAGAAACGCUCUGGACACACUAAUUACUUUGUCUAGUGAACCCUCUCUACAAAUACAAUUGAAGGAAUGCGACGACCUCAUCGAUACACUGGUCGACUGUGCUCAAGUAGAACUCGAUUUCCUGAACGAGUAUUCUACCGAAGUUUCCGAAGAAAUCUCCUUGCAAUCGUACGAAGAGCUCGUGCGAUCAUCGCACGUGGAUACCAAAACUAUACAGUCAAUACCUGAAUUCGGAAGUCUGGAAUACGACCUCGAUCGAGCAGUUGAUCGUUUAAUAUGUGUAACAACCCUGAUCCGGAAUUUCUCCUUUUAUGAGCCAAAUUUUGUGGUACUAGGAGAGCCAACCGUGCUUCAACUUGCGACACGAGUCAUACAAUAUAUCGGAACCAAAGAUAUGCCCUUGCGCAGUCCACGCAAUACCCUCGAUUUCAUGAAAGACAUAAUCAUAUACUUGAGCAAUCUCUCGCAGUCUCUGGUGAUACCAACGAAACAAGACGCGUUAUGCCUGCUACACUUUCUGCUAUCAUUCGCGCCAAACCCGCCACCAGUAUCAUCGAAUAACGAAAGAAUCGCGUUUACUCCAUAUACACCAGCUAUCCAUAAAUACCUUCCGCCAGCAGUUGAUAGCAUAGCCAAACUCCUGGCACGUGACGAGCCCAACCGGGUAUAUUUCAGGGCAAUUUUUCAUGCUGAUGCUCGAGCGGCAGUACCUUACGAAUUACUCACUCGCACGUUCGGCCUCGUAGUGGCACCAAUACCGCAUACCACAGCUCAUCUACGGGCACAAGUCGAGGCUAGGAGGGCCUUCCUCCUUCAAGGUCUACUUGCAGCUGAAAUUAUUGCAAGUCUAGCUCCAGGUUCAGAGAUUCCACUUGCACGAUCCUGGCUACAAUCUGAGGAUUGCUGGGCAGGUAACGCGCUCAAAAUGGCCAGUGCGCUGUCAGCCUUGUCGUCAAGUAAUAGUCGACACCGAGACAAUAGGAACUUGGCGCAGCAACGAGGCGGUAUCGUCGUCGAUGAGGAUCCGAUGGCGCAUGGAUCAAUCGUUAACCGUGCGAUGGCAACAUUGAGGACACUUGCAAAUAAGAGCCGGACCACGGAUGAGGAUGGCAACACAAGUGUGCGAGGCGUGCCUACCACUGCAAUCAUGAAAAGAGAAAACCUGCUUGGUGCAAUGGUUCAGAAAGACAUUGAUCCGGCAAUGCUGAGGUUGUUUUGUCAAUAUGCGGGAAUUGAAGACUAG